ACUGUUAAACUCAGCCAAGUGAGAGUGAGGAAGGAGAACGAUGGUGACUCCACGGGUGAACAUUUACAUCGUUUCACUGUGAAAUGCAGUCCUACCGACCAGGAGGAAUACAAUAUUACCUGUGAUCAAACUUGCACAGUGCUGGAGGCAAUAAAAUCAAGUAAAAAAUAUCAGGAGCUGAUGUUUACAGAUGAAAACAUUGUGAUUCAGUUGGGUAAAGAGGAUAGGGCAUUGGCUGUUGCAACACAUUUUCCUUGUUCUUGUAUCCGUGAAGGUGAGACUCUGAUCUUAUCACUCAAAAAGAAAAAGGUUGAACAGGCCCAACAUUACAAAACGGUGCAUUCAAGAGACAAGUAUUCUGUCUUCUUCAUUGACACAGCUGGAGGACUAAACACUAAAACAAAGAAGCUUUUUAUAAGCAGUGCGGUCAAACAGUUCAAGUAUCUGUGUGUCUAUGGGGAGAAGGGAAUGACUGUGGAAGAGGCUCUUAAAAGAGACGGUCGCUUCAUUGAGGAUCUUAGAAACUUCACUCUGUCGGACAAUAAGAAUCCAAGCUGUCUCCAUAACUGCACAGAAAUAGUUGACAACCUAGAUGGAAAAGAGUUCAAGAUACGUCUUCCACGAAACAAGAGAUCAAAUGAAAGCAUGCAGGAAACCCCGGGUGCAUCAGAUAUCUCACAACAGAGACGUGAGCGUGAAAUGGCAGUCUUAGAGGUACUACAGCAGACAGGAACCAGUGUCAGAGCAGCAGUGGCAAACAAAGACAGAAACAUUGAGGAAAUUCAUGGAAAACUGCGUGAGCAGUUCCCAGGUCUGAAAGAACUGAUGGAGAGUAGAUUCCCUGAUGAUUCUUAUCAGAAAGCACUGGAGCUGAGGAGAGAAGACUUUGGAAAGAUCCAGCGCUCAUUCAGUGAAGUUCACAGAGUCAGAAAACCUCAGAUAAUUUGUAUCACGUGUGUGCGACGUUGCGGUGCUCUCCAAGUCAGGCUUUACCUGUCUAUCUACUUGUUGUCUCUUUUUCCAUCUGGUAGGACCAGAAUUAAGUAUGACAGGGUGACCUUAUUGCAGCUAGGGGAGAUUGGUGACAAGGGAUUCUUCAACCCUAGCGAGAUCGAUAGCUUCUCGGAGCUACAUCGUCAUGGUGGAGUAACACCGAGACAGGCGGCAGCCUGGGGCUCCACCGUCAACCAGAGGCCGCCACGUAAAUGCGUUAGGCGAGGAAGCAUCCAGCGGAGACUCUGGCACCUGGUUCGCCGAGGAAGGCUUCCCCUCCCGGUCAUACUUUUUGCGAACGUACAGUCUCUAGUAAACAAGAUGGACGAGCUCCUGUGCCGAAUAGCUACACAAAGGUAUAUUCAGGACUGUUCUGUGUUGUGCUUCUGUGAAACAUGGCUCGGAGAGACGACACCUGAUGAGGUCAUAACACCGGGGGGCUACAAAGCCUUCAGAGCCGACCGCAAAGCCGCGGACUGCGGCAAAACCCGCGGGGGAGGAACCGCGAUCUUCGUCAAACUGUCCUGGUGUACUGACACGAAG